AGAUGAAAAUUGCGAGAAGCUGGGUGUAGCUUCUCGCGGCGUGGUAUAGAUAGCUGCUCAUGUGCUCCGUCACUACAUUUGAGAUCGCACAAGCACCGGUGAAGCCUGCGGAGAGGAUCGCUUGCACGCGCUAUGCAGAGAUGGGCAAGGGCCGCCAUCCUAGCGGCGGUGGUGGUUGGCUGCGUGCUGCUCCUUCCGUUCCUGAGGCCCUCACUACAAGGUAGCAACGCCCUCCAGGCACAGGCGGUCAGGUACGAUGGCAAAGAUAAUUUAGCCAUAGACGGGCCGGGGCCGUCCCAACAUCUGGAGGCAGAGGAGCCUGAUAGUAGAAACAUUGAGAACAUACGUGGUGAUUACCGCCUCGCUCGAGGGAGUAAUGGUGGAGAACAGGCUGCAAACAGCAGUGGGCUGACACAAAGGCUCACUGAAAGGCAACAAGCAGUUGUGGAGAUGUUCAGACACGCCUGGAAGGGCUACACCCAGUUUGCCUGGGGCAAAGAUGAGCUUCUGCCACUCACCAAGGAGGGAACCACAUCCUACGGGAUGGGGCUGACUAUCAUCGACUCCCUGGACACCUUGUGGCUAAUGGGACUGACCGAGGAGUUUCAAGAGGCCAGAGACUGGGUGGCACAGAGUCUGGAUAUUGCAGGGAACCACAGAGAAGUCAGUUUGUUUGAGACAAACAUCAGAGUUCUUGGCGGUCUACUGGCUGCUUACCAUCUCUCGAAAGACGCCAUUUUCCUUGAGAAAGCGGUUGAGCUGGGAGACAGAUUCUUGCCGGCUUUCAAGACACCCACCGGUAUUCCCUAUGGGACAGUGGUACUCAACCAGGACUGGCCCAAGAAAACUGCUAAAGUGGCCUGCAUUGCUGAGCUUGGCAGUCUCCAGUUGGAGAUGAGGGACUUGUCUCACUCGACCGGAGACAGCAAAUAUCAGACUGCAGCUGACAGGGCUCUGGAUGUGGUCCAGUCCCACAUGACCAGUGCUAUUGCCACCCAAGAAGUCUAUAUAGAGUCCGGAGUUCCCAAACCCACGGAGAUGAACGUGGGGGCCAGGACCGACAGCUACUACGAGUACCUCAUCAAGCAGUGGGUCCAGAGUGGAAAGAAUGAGGAAAAGAUAAGAGAGUGGUACGAGAGAGCUGCAAAUGCAAUCAUCUCAAAAUUGAUAAAGUACUCUCGUCCAAACCACAUGGCUUUCCCGGCAAAACUCUACUCCCCUGAUAGAACUGACUUCCGAUCGUCCAUGGAUCACCUCUCCUGCUUUCUCCCGGGUAUGCUAGCCCUCGGGUACCUCCACGGGUUCCCCAAGUCCCACCUGGACGUGGCCAGGAACCUCACGCACACCUGUUACCAGCUCUACCACCAGUCACCCUCCGGUCUCAGUCCCGAAGAAGUUAUCUUCUACACUCAUCCACUCUCCGGAACCGACUUUAAUUCUGUUACACCUGUCUACAUGUUGAGACCAGAGACAGUGGAAUCACUGUUCGUACUCCACCGUGUUACGAGGGACUCUGUCUACCAGGAGUGGGGUUGGGAGAUCCUGCAGGCCUUGAAGAAGCACUGUCAAGUGCGCAGUGGAGGCUACACCACCCUCAGGAACGUCAAUUCCCCCGUCCCGAAAAAGACCAACAAAAUGGAGAGCUUUUUUCUCGCAGAGACGCUCAAGUACUUGUUUCUGUUGUUUGCAGACGACGACCACCUCUUACCACUUGAUAGAUGGGUUUUUAAUACUGAGGCACAUCCACUACCCGUUUGGAUUUCAUAAUGCAUAACUAGUCAUCGAUCAUUUUACUGUUGAAGAAUGAUAUGCUCACAUUCAUCAUCAAAUUUUACAAGAACACAUAAAAAGAAUAUUAGUUAUUUAAUGCC